CGCGCGCUGUCUCCUCCCGCGAGCGCGGAGCGGCGAGCGCGGUACGGCCAUGGGGAGUGGGAUGAGCCAGAUCCUGCCUGGCCUGUUCAUUGGCAACUUCAAAGAUGCAAGAGAUGCAGACCAAUUGAGCAGGAACAAGGUGACGCACAUUCUUUCUGUGCACGACAGUGCCAGGCCCAUGAUGGAGGGAGUUAAAUACCUGUGCAUUCCAGCAGCGGACUCACCAUCUCAAAACCUGACAAGACAUUUUAAAGAAAGUAUCAAGUUCAUUCACGAGUGCCGACUCCAGGGUGAGGGCUGUCUUGUACACUGCUUGGCUGGGGUCUCCAGGAGUGUGACACUGGUGAUCGCGUACAUCAUGACGGUCACUGACUUGGGUUGGGAAGAUGCCUUGCACACCGUCCGAGCAGGGAGGUCCUGUGCCAACCCCAACCUGGGCUUCCAAAGGCAGCUGCAGGAGUUUGAGAAGUGUGAGGUGAGCCAGUAUCGUCAGUGGCUGAAAGAAGAGUACGGAGAGAACCCUUUGCGAGAUGCAGAAGAAGCCAAAAGUAUUCUGGGUAAAUAUAAAGAGCAAGGGCGCAUGGAGCCCCGGCCUAGCACCAGGCGGUGGAGCAGCUUCUCAGCCCUGUCUCCUCUGACCUACAGUAACUACACGACAGAGACCUAACAGAGAGAUCUGGUGUUUUCCUUCCGGCUACGGGUCUUCUGGGUUGCCUUUAGGCUGGUGUGCCUGGUUACUGGCUUCUGCCUCUGAGGACUACAAAAGGAGGCCAGAGUGAGGUGGACCACUCAGAGCUCCUCCCCAGCCCCCUGCCCUGCCCUGCUCAAGGCCUUUUCACUCUGCCCAUCUCCACCCAAUCUUGGCCUCACCCGAGCUUGCUGUGCCUCGGAUACCGCUGGGCUGCUGUGUAUUUUAUUGUAUGCGUGCAGGAGUGUAUAUGUGCAUGCAUGUGUGUAAGAGUGUGCCUGUGUGCCUGCAAAUGUAUGCAGUGUAAAAGGGGAUAUUGUCAAGGUGUCUCGGCCUGUGAGAACUGAGUGUUCGUGGUGCUGAAAGUCAUAAAUCCCCUGCCACCACAACUGGGAUGGCCACAUGGAAGUCAUUUGAACUUGGCCUCUGAAAAACUCCUCACCGAGUAACAGCCUGUACCUGUGAUGAGUGGGAACUCAGGGCAUGAGCAGCUGGAAACAGUGGUGUUCCGGAACCUGAGAUGAUGCAGAGGAAGAAGGGUGACGUGAUCCCUGAAAAAAUUAUGUCUGGAGGGGCAGGGUAGGGGACUUCAGAGACUUGCCUUGGGCUUGCUGGGUGUAUCAGGCCAGCUCCCUGCGGCUUCCCGCCAUGCUCUACUUGCCAGCCAGGCAUAUCCCUGAGUUUCACUUGGUGCCUGCUCUGUCUGGGAGCAGUGUCAUUUGAGUUGAUGGUGACAAGGAAGACCUUAGCCACAGUAACCCUGCACCAGAGGUCUGGCCUGCCCCUGUUUGCUUUUACACACUCCAGCCUCUGGUUGGCCUCAUGUGCAGGGACCCAUCUCAGGUUUGCAUGGGCCUGCAGCAAUUGGGAAGGAGAAAGUUGUUUAACACCAUAGCAGUUUGUGUUUGAAAAUGCCUGAGCAUUUCCUGAGCUCAUUGGUAUAGGCUGUGGACGUGAUCUUUGACCUCAGCUACCUCACUAGAUUUAUUUCUCUCUUCCUUUCUUCUUUAAGGCUAGGGUUGCUUUGGUAUCCCUGUCAACUCUGCUUCAUAGUUGAAAAUGUUAGUUAUGUUGUUUUUGUUUUUGAAACCAAAGAGAAAGACAUUUAUGUCAUUGAGCUAUUUAAAAUUUUCAGUUUGGACUUCCAUGAGGUUUUCUAGUGGGUCAAACCCCAGAUUCUGGCCAUGAGAACUCCUCAGCUUGAAAUUUGUGGCAGCGUGCACCCCAAGAAGCUAUGCAUGGUCUAGUCCAUUAUGCCAACUCAUAUUCCAUAAGCACGCAGAGCCAUGUGAAUGAAUGAAUGCACUCAACCUCUCCUACAAAGACGCUGACACCUGGUCUCUCUGAAUUCCAUCACCAAAAGAGCCCCCAAAUAUGAAGAACAAUCUUUCUGUGUGUGUUGAGCAUGUCAAAUUUGAGCCCUUUAGGGCCCAGCAAAAGUAAGGUAACCAACUCUCCAUGUGUGUGUGUGUGUGUGUGUGUGUGUGUGUGUGUGGUGAGAUGAGGUAUCCGUGAACUAACUCAGCAUCUUCAAUUAAAACAACGUGUUUUAGAAAGGAGUAUGACUGCUGGGUAGGAAAGCAGAGGGGAGAGCUGCCAGAGCACCAGGGUGGAUGUGAAGCCUGGCACUGGAGAGAGAAAGACAAGCAGAACAGUAGGGUGGUAAAGUGAAUCCCAAACAUGUGUACACACGUGUGAACAGCUACACGUAUUCCAUAGGUUCUCAACUGUCUUAACUUUUGUUGCCAGUAACAUUCUUUCUUCACAGCUGCCCCGGGAAUUCUGAAGUACUGGGCCUUUCUCAGAAGACUGUAAUGUACCUGAAGUUUCUGAAAUAUUGCAAAGUUCAGGCUGGUGCUGCCAAAAAGAAAAGUGACAUAGAGUUUAUUUUUAAGUGUCCAGCAGUAAUUUGUAAACUUGUUUGUAUUUUCAUUUUAAAUUGAAAGCAUGUAUAAUCAUGUUGGAAUACAUUAAGAACUAUGGAGACUCUGUAGCAAGAGAAAAUCUUUGCCUUAACUCCACUACUGUGGUUGUUCCUUUGAUGGAUGCUCGCCCAACAUGUCUCAAGAGCUCUGUCACACUGCUGCGUUCUGUUCCAUGAAGGAACUGCCACAGGGAGGAAAGCUGGCGCCUGGGAAGUGUAGUGCAAUCUCUGCCCUCCUGCUAAGUUGUCCAGCUCAAGACAUGGCCCAGUGUGUUAUUUCAUCCAUGGCUGUUGUUCUCCAUGGUAGAAUUACCAAAAGCUGCUCAUGUUUGUCAAUAAAGGACACGUCAACCAAGUUUAA